GGGUUAGCUCACCCAAAAAUGUUAAUAAUUUCUCACCCUCCUGUCAUUCCAAAUUUAUAUGACUUAAUAUGAUGAUAUCAUAAGUGAAACCUGGGAGGUUUCUGCUCCAGCUUUGAAGGUCUAAGUACCCAAAACGUAUGUGCAAGAAAUUCCAAAGCUUAGUUUAAUCAAAGCUUAGAAAAAGCAUUCAGCCUUAUGAACGCUAAAAAUACUAAAGACUUACCAGACUUUAAAGAUCUCAAGCAUUUAAAUAGACAACAGAACAUGACUUUUGGUGUGUGUUCCGGUAUAGUUACAUUUUAAGUUAUUGGCCUUAGACCUUUAAUAUUUAAACAUCAUGGUUAAGUAAAGAAUGCAAUGUUCAUCACUGCAAGUUUUUAUGCAAUGAGAUCAAAAUAUAAAAAUAUAAUUCUAAUCAACACUUCACGAUUGAUUGAUUUUGGCAGCUUUAAUAGUAAAAACAUGUUUAUCAUAUAUAAAGGUUUUCAGAAGAAUUGCACAUUUAUUUAUUUAAUAUCCAUACAUGUUGGUCAAUCUUAAUCAAUUUUUUUAAGAAAAUCAAAAUGGCAGGCCAGACGUUUCCCUGUUUAUAGUUCAUUAGUAUCAAUGGUUAAUUAAUAAUUAGUAUCAAUGUUAUAGGCAUGAUCCGAGGAUUCUUUUAAAAGUCAAUAUAACAUGUAGAAAUUGACUGAACCAUGUAAUAAUAUAUCAUAAUUUUUUUACCACAAGUUGGCACUGCCCCAAAUGUUUUUGAGCAUCUUUAGAACAUGUUUCGAUAACUAUGCAAUGUGUUUGUUAAAUACACAUUUUACUCCAAAAUUAAAAAUGUCCGACACUAAUCAUUUUGACUUCAUGUCACGCAUUAAAUCUUGUAGUUACACAUUUAUUUAACACUUUACAUGUACUUACUAUUUAAGUUUGCAUAAUUGCAUGCAAGUAUCCCUGAUCCUAAACCUAACUGUAUAGUAAGUACAUAAUUAGUAGUUAAUUAAUAUUACUCUGUACUUGUAAAAGUGUAAUUACACUGUAACAAGCACACCUGAAAAUAAAGUGUAGCUAUAAAUUUAGUUCACUCGGCAGCCAUGCUUUUAAUGUGCCCGAAUGGUGCUUGCUUAAAUGUAAGUACUUCUCUGAAACAUCUAUAAAUAUCAAAAAUACUUUUAUAACACUUAAAAUCACAACAUCAUUGUAAUAUUUUCUCUUUUUUUUAUUAAUUUAUGGGCAAGCGAAAUCUGCUGUUUUUUUAAUUACCAAACAACUACACGAAUGAUAAACUACAGUAAAAUGCCUCCCGGUUACAAAAUAACAAACUCUAUAACAACUAAACAGCUGAACUAUGUGACUAUGUGGCUUCUGUCUUAAAUUUGGUGCAACCACUAUAUUUUAUUUGUGACCUAACUGUAUUGUUAAUGCUGCUGUGGUAAAUUUUUGCUCUGGUAUUUGUUCCGGUCAAACGCACAAGGUGUCCAGGAUGUCAAUGAUCUAUUUGCACGUAAACACACCCAUCAAUCCCUUCAGCCUUCGAAGCAUGUCUCUGCGCGAUUACCUCAUAAAGCAAAGCUUCCUUUAUGGCCUCCUGCAGGUGUUUGCUUGGCGGCGGGUGGAUUUUGCCUCUAGGGUCAGUGAACAAAGUACACACGAGUCCGCACGACGACUGCCAUUUUCAUUGAAUAAGAACCUCUUUUUUCGGAUUCUGUAUACAUUUCUAAUUAUUUCAUUGUAAGAAUACAUCUACCGACGGUGUAUGUGAAGUUACUGAUGGAUUAUACUUGAGCUGUUUACUUGGAUGGGUCGAAUCCAACAGAAAAGAAGUCUGCAUUUUGGGCGGAAAGUGCUUUUAUAGUAGAAAGUUUUGACAAAACUGGAACUAAUUCGGAAAUUUCAAUGGAUGUUCUUGGAGAAAAUGAGGCACUGCAGCAGUUUUUUAAUGGACAGGAUGUGAGUGGUGUGUUAGAGAGUGCUGUGGUAGACACCAGUAUUCUGGAGCAGUAUUUGAGCAAUGAGACAGAUCCCACUUUUAUGUUACCCGACUCGCCACCAGAUUCAGGAUCAGAGCGCAGUUCUCCACCACAAAUACCAGAUUCAAGAAGGUCACCGGAGCAAAGCAGCAAGAAUGUGUAUAGACUAUCAGAAGAGUCCUUCCCUCUGUCUUGUCCCUUUAAAGACAGGAAACAUGAUGUUGGCAUACCCCUUGGGAAACAAAUUAAAGACAUUUCACCUGCUUCACUCCCUCAGUACAGUCUCAACACAGCUGAGAGUUACACACAGGCAACCACAUCCCAUAAUGCACCCAUCCAUGCUGUCCCACUAUAUGCUCAGUGCCCACCAAUGGGUCUUCCGACAGGACACAUGCCAGCUAAUGCAGCUGCUGCCUCCUCAUGUGUGCCCCACGCAAUGUGCUCAGAGACAAUGUAUCCUCAUAUGCCCCCAAAACAUGAUCAACGUGUAGGAAAUAUCUUACAUGAGAAUAAGAAAAGAAGAAGGUCAAACUCUUUUGAGGGGCACACAGAGCGGCACAGGUGUGCUGACCCAGUUUGGACCAAACCAACAUUCUGUCCAGAAGGUGGAUCAUAUGAAGCACAGUGUUAUGACAGUGACACAGCUGGUGUAAGUCCAGUGGGCAGUGUGCACCAGCUGCUCACUUGGGACCAGUAUCAGCCCAGUCAUUGGUGCUCACUCCACAACAGUAGAUCUGAAAGCCUACCACCUCCAGGUUACCAUGUGGAUGCUGAUAAGGGUUUCAGCUACUCCACAGCUGAUGAAGCCUUUGUGUGUCAGAAGAAAAACCACUUCCAGGUGACAGUUCACAUAGGGAUGGUUGGAGAUCCUAGAUUUGUCAGAACGUCAAGAGGUCUCAUACCCAUAGAGUGCUUCCACCUGAAUGUGUUUGGGGUCAAGCUUGAAGCACAGGACCAUUUCAUCACUAUAGAGCAGUCGCAGUCAGACCGCAGCAAGAAGCCAUUCUUACCAGUCAGAGUAAAUCUGCCAGGAGACAAAAUCACAAAGGUGACAUUAGGAAGGUUACACUUCAGUGAAACCACAGCAAAUAACAUGAGAAAAAAGGGCAAGCCGAAUCCUGACCAGAGGUACUUUAAGAUGGUUGUUGGUCUGUAUGCGACUGUGAAAGAGGAACGUUUUCUGCUGGUUGCUAAUGUUUCUGAAAGAAUCAUUGUUAGGGCCUCCAACCCUGGUCAGUUUGAGAAUGAUAGUGACGUGCUCUGGCAAAAAGGACAGAUCCCAGAGACCGUUGUGUGUCACGGGAGGGUUGGCAUUAACACAGACAGCCCUGAUGAGGCUUUGGUGGUUUGUGGGAAUGCCAAGAUAAUGGGCAAUGUCAUGCAUCCCUCAGACAGAAGGGCCAAACAAAACAUUCAGGAAGUGGACUCAACGGAGCAGCUCAAGAGGAUUGCUCAGAUGAGAAUAGUGGAAUACGAUUACAAACCAGAGUUUGCCUCAAGGAUGGGAAUUGAUCAGUGUCAUGAAACGGGAAUCAUAGCGCAGGAAGUCAAAGAACUCCUGCCUUCGGCCGUGAGGGAGAUGGGUGACAUCACGUGCAUAAACGGGGAGACGAUUGAUCAUUUUCUCAUGGUGGACAAAGAGCAGAUUUUUAUGGAGAAUGUAGGUGCUGUGAAGCAGCUGUGUAAACUCACAGAUAACCUUGAGACACGUAUUCAAGAGCUUGAGGUUUGGAACACUCGCUUGGCCAAGCUGAAGAGGUUGGGUAGCAUGCAGUCCAAUGGUGGAACUUCUGCUAAAGGGAAAAUCCACAAAAACCACACACUCCAUUCAAAACUUCCUCCGCCAACACCACCGCAGUCAAGCACAAACUACUUCUGUGGGAGAUAUCACAACUGUCUUCAACACAGAGUAUUCCAAGCUAGUAUUAUCAUGCUAGUAACAACCAUGGCUCUUUGCGUCAUCUCUAUUACUGCACUUUAUAUGUUGACAUUACAAGAAGACAUGGACUUCAAUAACAGUUUCAACAACAGCAAUGUUAUGCCAACUUACAGCACGACAGCAUCGUCGACUACAGUGUUCUCCACGACCUCUCCUCGUCCCUGGCCUCCAGACAUCGAUGUCUCCAAUGUGUUUUAUUCAGAUGAAGUCUACUGCUGUCCUUCAAAUUUAAUUUAUAAUCAUAACGCUCAACUGACGGACACAACUGUCCCCUUCGAUGCUCUUUCGCAUGGAGUCAUCAAUUCAAGGAAAAUGCAGAGAGAGAAGUGGUUAGAAAAACUUCCGGACAAAGUGAAAAAUUCUACUGACUGGACAAACACAACUAUACAUUCCAUCCUCGUUACGCAGAAUCAACAAAUUAUAGAUAAGCAGUACUGUCAGCAGGAGAAUUGUGGGAAAGGAAACUACACCUACCUCAUUCCCCUCAGUAAACACAUCCCACCCAACAUGCCCAUAACCCUCCAAAUGACCACAACUGAGUUGUUGGUGAUUCACCUGUGCUCACAUGACGAGAGUGAGCAGUGCUCCUCAGUACUUGACUACGAUGGCUCAGAGUCAAACAUUGCUCUCAACACACAGGGCUACAUACAUAAAUGGACACUGCCAGUGGCAAAUCACUACCACGCAUCAUACCAUUUCCGCUCUUCUGUUGCUGGUUUGGCAGAUUGUAACACUGAUCUGAACUUUGCAGAAGUUUACUUUACUGACUACCACUUCCAGUUCUUCCGUCGCUGUGACUGAUCAACCUUCAAAAAGCAAUAUCCAGUGAUUUGACUGCACUAGUUAAAUGCAGGCUGUAAAUUAUAUACCGUAAAGAGUCUUUUUAUGGGCAGAUGUUUGUGUUGUUGCUGGAAAAAAAACUUUGGAAAUAUGUUUGAUAUUAGUUUAUUCUUAUUUUCAUGUUUUGAAAUCAGAAGGAAACAUAUGAACUCCAAAGAAAAGUAAAGCAGGUCUUCAAAUAUGAUUUUACAUGUAUAUGUUUCAACAAUGAAGAGAUGAUUUUGUACUGAACUACAUAAUGAGAUAAUCUGAUACUCAUACUGAAUUCAUAUCUCUACUGAACUGAAUGCAUUAUGUAACCUGUGUGCAAUGAUGUUGACCAAAUGAACAUAUGAUUGUUUCAGAAGUCCAAUUGUUUUAACAAGUUAUUGAAGUUUUUUCUAAAUAUUGAACACUGCAAAUAAAGGAAGAUUUAUUCUUUAAAAGUG